CGUCGCAUCACACCGGGACCUCCUCUACCACCGUCCGACGCCUGUCGCAUCGAUCUGGUUCGCCGCUGACAACGCCUUCCCACAGCGUACAGUCUAUUCGCCGCAGUCCUAUGAUCCGACUCAUGUGGCUUUCGUUUGUCUUUGCUUCGGCCAGUGCUCAUGAAACACAUCAACCCAUCUGCGACGACGUCCAGUGCCUCACACCCGCGAAAACGAUCUGUAUUCCAUCGACCACAACGACGUGCCCACCGUGUUGGUCGCGACAUGGCGAACUUGUGCAUUGCGGCCCUGCUUUCAUGUCCAGUGGAAUGGAAGGAUCAUCUUGUCCACGUGGCACGACGCGCUGCAGUCCGACGAAUGCAUUCGUUCGAUCAAGUCGUCGUCGACGCCUGACAGACACUACGACGAUCGCACCCCCCUCCCCGCUCGUCACGUCUGCGCCGACCGCAACAGCCAACACAAGCAGUACUUCACCUCCGAACGCACCAGACAACAGCACGACGAUUUGGUACACGUUGGCGUGUGUUGGGCUGUGCUGCCUUGUUGUGCUGCUGUACGGUGUGCUUCGAUAUAUUAACCGAAAACAAGCACGCGAAGAAAAACAAGAGCGAGACGAGAUUGCGAUGUACCGAGCUGGCAUCGCCUCGGAUAAAGCUUCCAGUGCAUCCGUCCUGGUCAUGUCCAUGCCUCCACCCGACACACUGUCGCUCCAUAACCCCUCCACGCACAACCAAAGGAUCGCUCAUCCACACGACGUCGCCAUGCAGUCGAUGUUUCACACGGUCGGGCGCGUUUCGCUCACAAGUAGCGGUCCUGGCGUCGUCGACAGUCCCAUCAUCGAGGACCUAGUUCUGCCGUCCAUGACGACGGUGGAAGUGGCGGCCCCACCACCAGCGACAAGAGAUAGCUCCGCCAGCAUUGUCAUCAUGGAAGAUUCGGGGGAGGUGUGGGACGUUGACGGCGCCGAGGACGAGUUCCGAUCGACUGUCGAGGGCAAAUAAUAAAUUGCCUUUGUUGCUCAA